UGAGCGCAGUGACGGAAGGAGCGGUGGGCAAAUGGCGGAGAGAUGGUCCAGGGCCCUGUUCAAAGAGCAGCCGCACUAGUAGUAGCAGCAGCGGCGGCGGCAGCGAUAAUCCCGGCGCGAAGGAAGCGGCGGCGCAGCAGCCGGAGGAGGAGGCGGCGGCGGUGGUGGCGGCCGCGCUGCGAGGACGCGAGGCCGGCGCUCUAGCCCGGGCGGCCUGUGAGGAGAGGCGGCCGGAGGAGCCCGAGGCCCCGGGGGCGUCGCCCGAAGGCAUCAAGCGAGGGCAGGAAGGAGAGAGCCCGGGAGCCCGGCCGUUGGGAGCGAAGCCGGCGGAGGCCCCGGCACCCCCGUCCCUCUCCACUUACCCCGGCAGGUUUCGGUUUUCCCCCUCCCCUUCCGUUUCUCGGUUGUGGUUGUGCGUUUGUGGGCUCGUUUCCUCGGCCUUGCUGUGAGAAUAUGAAACAGUUGUCAAAAUGACAUCCAGAUUUGGGAAGACGUAUAGCAGGAAAGGGGGCAAUGGCAGUUCAAAAUUUGAUGAAGUUUUUUCCAACAAACGGACUACACUUAGUACAAAAUGGGGAGAAACGACCUUUAUGGCCAAGCUAGGACAGAAGAGGCCCAACAUCAAGCCAGACAUUUCUGAAAUUCCUAAGAAACCCAAAAUAGAAGAGGAAGCAAUAGAAGACCCAUUUGGAUUUGACAGUGAUGAAGAAUCCCUGCCAGUAUCUUCAAAGAAUGUGUCACAAGCUAAAGGUUCUUCUCAGUUGGAGUCAGUCGAACCAUCUCAGUCUGGGGACUUCUCUUCUGUACUUGAAUCUAAUAGCAAAAAUACUCAGUCAAUCAGUGAAGAUAUUUUGUCCAGCAAAUGUGUCUCUUUCGAGAAUGCUGUUCAUGGAUUAAAAGAGAAGAACUCAAACAGAAAUAUGGAGGAUGGUGACCUCAAAAGCAGCAGUGUUAACACUGUACUAGCAGAUACAGUACAGACUUUUAACGACAGUGAGAACAGUCACUUCAUCUACAAGAAUGUUGAAGACAAUAAUAUAAUUAAUGUUCAAACAGCAGAAAUCUCUGGGUACAAUAUUGAAAUGAAGGAAUCUCAUGAUUCUUGGGACUCCCAUAUCGGGAAGAGAGACUCUCCAUCAGAAGUGUCACUUACAAAGGAAUCAUUAGUGACUGGCUUUUAUGAAUGGGAAGAUGAAAAUGAGGAUACCCGAAGAGGAGAAUAUAUGUUGGGUUUUGAUGAUGAACCACUUUCAGAGAUAAAAAGCAAGGAUGAAUAUCUGGUUAAAGAAGAUAUGGAAAUUCCAAAGGAAGCCAUUAGCGAAGAACUGAUGCAAACUGUUCUCAGGCCAAGUAAUUGUCGGACAUACUGUAGAUCCAACAAAACAAAAUCACAGGGGACGACAAAUUUUGAUAAGCUACUGGAUGGCACUCUUCAACCUUUAGCCAAAGCAAACAGUGAUUCAAAUACUGAUGGUGUGAACCCAGUGAAAAAAGUUGCUUUAAGUAGUGGGACCAGUUUUAGAGGGACUGUUGGAAGGACUAGAGACUACACUGUUCUCCAUCCAUCAUGUUUAUCGGUUUGUAAUGUUACUAUACAAGACACUAUGGAUCGUAUUGAUGAGUAUGCCACAUCUACACCUACUGAUUUGGGAGAAGCAGGACGUCUGAGAAAGAAAGCCGAUAUGGCAACAACCAAGACAACAACUAGAUUUCGACCUAGCAAUACCAAAUCCAAAAAAGAUGUCAAAUUAGAAUUCUUUGGGUUUGACGACAAUGAUGAAGGAGGGGGUGGUGAAGGUGGCUCUAGAACAUCUGGAAGCUCAAAUUACAAAAUUAAAUACUUUGGUUUUGAUGACUUGAGUGAAAGUGAAGAUGACGAUGAAGACCGGCCGUUAGAAAGAAAAGUCAAUAAAAAAAGAAACCGAGCAGCUCCAUCCUCUUCACUUCAGUCCAGUUCUGAUGGAAGUGAGAACUAUUCACAAGACAGUCAGUCAAGCACUAACCCAGAGCUAUUGGAGUUUCCAGAAGAUGCAUCCAGUGUUCCUGAAAGCAAUAAGAAAUCCAUAAAUUCACAAGGUGAUAAGUCUAAGGAAAACACACGGAAGAUAUUUAGUGGACCAAAGAGGUCACCAACAAAAGCUGUAUACAAUGCUAGACAUUGGAAUCAACCAGAAUCUGAGACUCUUCCGACAUCACAGGUGUUGAAAAAUCCAAGUGUCCCUGUAAGGCUGUCUUCAAAGGAGGCAAUUCAUAAAGAUGAUGGAGUGUUCAAAGCUCCUGCACCACCUCCCAAAGUGAUAAAAACUGUGACCAUACCCACUCAACCCUAUCAAGAGAUAGUAACUGCCUUGAAAUGUAGGAAAGAAGAUAAAGAAUUAUACACUGUUGUUCAACAUGUGAAGCACUUCAACGAUGUAGUAGAAUUUGGAGAGAAUCAAGAGUUCACCGAUGAUAUUGAAUACUUGUUAAGUGGACUGAAGUGCAAUCAACCCCUAAACACACGUUGCCUUAGUGUUAUCAGCCUGGCGACAAAGUGCGCCAUGCCCAGUUUCCGAAUGCAUUUGAGAGCACAUGGGAUGGUAGCUAUGGUCUUCAAAACACUGGAUGACUCGCAGCAUCACCACAAUUUAUCACUUUGUACAGCAGCUUUAAUGUAUAUCUUGAGCAGAGAUCGCUUGAACAUGGAUCUAGAUAGAGCCAGCUUAGAUUUAAUGAUCCGGCUUCUGGAACUAGAACAAGACUCUUCUUCAUCCAAGUUGCUCAAUGAAAAAGACAUGAACAAGAUUAAGGAAAAAAUCCGAAGACUCUGUGAAACUGUUCACAACAAACACCUUGAUCUAGAAAAUAUAACGACAGGGCAUUUGGCAAUGGAAACAUUGCUCUCUCUCACUUCAAAACGGGCAGGAGACUGGUUUAAAGAAGAGUUGCGACUUCUUGGUGGUCUUGAUCACAUUGUAGAUAAAGUUAAAGAAUGUGUAGAUAACUUAAGCAGCGAUGAAAAUGAAGAGAAAUUGGUUGCUUCAUUAUGGGGAGCAGAACGAUGUUUACGGGUUUUAGAAAGCGUAACAGUUCAUAAUCCAGAAAAUCAAAGUUACUUGAUAGCAUAUAAGGAUUCACAGCUCAUUGUCUCUUCAGCUAAAGCACUGCAGCAUUGUGAGGAGUUGAUCCAGAGAUACAACCGUGCAGAAGACACCAUCUGUCUUCCAGACAGUAGGGUACUGCCACACCAGAAUGUAACAAACCAUGUGGGUAAGGCACUGGAAGACUGUAUGAGAGCCAUCAUUGGUGUCUUACUCAAUUUAGCAAAUGAUAAUGAGUGGGGUAGCACUAAAACAGGUGAACAAGAUGGUCUUAUUGGCACAGCGUUGAAUUGUGUGCUUCAGGUUCCAAAGUUUCUACCUCAAGAACAGAGAUUUGAUAUUCGGGUUCUGGGUUUGGGUCUGCUAAUCAAUUUGGUAGAGUACAGUGCACGAAAUCGGCACUGUCUUGUGAAUAUGGAAACAACAUGUUCCUUUGAUUCCUUCUGCUUGGGAGAACCCAAUGAUAGCAUAACCACAUCUGGACAGAUGGCUGCUGUUCAUGCUUUAGUUCAGUUGUUCCUGGAGCGUGAGCGAGCAGCGCAGCUGGCAGAGAGCCAGACGGAUGAACUGAUUAAGGAAGCUCCUGCUGCACAACAUGACAAGAGUGGGGAGUGGCAGGAGACGAGCGGAGAGAUCCAGUGGGUUACUACAGAAAAGCCUGAGAAUGCAGAGGAGAAAGAUAAGAAAGAAGAAGAAGAUGAAGAACUUGAUCUUAAUAAAGCCCUUCAGCAUGCUGGGAAGCACAUGGAAGAUUGCAUUGUGGCCUCUUACACAGCAUUGCUUUUGGGAUGCCUUUGCCAGGAGAGUCCAAUCAAUGUGACUACUGUGAGGACAUACUUGCCUGAAGGGGAUUUCUCAAUCAUGACAGAAAUGCUGAAAAAGUUUCUCAGUUUCAUGAACCUUACUUGUGCUGUUGGGACAACAGGCCAGAAAACUAUCUCUAGAGUGAUUGAAUACUUGGAACACUGCUAGAAACUCGAGUUUUGCCGCAGGCACUUGAAUGCUGGAGCUCUACCCUUUCGAUAAAGGAAGUCGUGAAAGAAGUCCUCGAGGAAGCGCCACCAAGAGCAUUCAUCAGUCUCAUUCGUGUUUGGAUUUUUAAGGCUACCUGGUCUCUUAAUCAUACACUCAGCAUUUUCCGAGGGACAGUUAACCACCACAUCAAUCUGCAACUAUCAAAAAUUAGGGGGGAAAUAUCUGAGGAAAGUAAAUUCAUUAUGUUUAUAAUAAUGCAGUGCAGUAUUUAAAUAUAUUUGGCAGGGUUUACUCUCCCUCUUUAUUUUUCUGGCUUUGUUUGUGACAACUUUAAAGGGGGAAAACUUACUGCUGGUAGUGCAACUGCUGUUUACUGUUGAGCCACUGUUUUUCAUGCCAGCCCAGUGCAAAGGCAGCUUUAGCUACUGAGGUAUCAAAAAUCUUCUAAUAAAUAUGCUCUGGGCAGCAGCAUUGCUCUGAUUUGAGUUUAAUUUGCUCUUGCUUUUUUAAGAGAUUAUUCCAAAAUCAUAAGAAAUAGAAACAUUUUAAAUACUUUUGUGAUUUUAACUACUGUCUAUAUUUAAAAUGUGUUGGAAUCCAAAGAGAUUGAGGCUUGGAUAGUUUAUUUUUUAUACUGUUUUGAUUGAAAAUUGGGUUGUUGGGAAACUACUUCUCAGUUCUCAGUUCUUAAAAUUGUCGUGGCCUACGUACUGUAAACUGAUUGACCAUAACACUUCAUAGCUCUAAGAGAGGCAUGGAAGAAGAAGAAGAAGAAGAAGAAGAAGAAGAAGAAGAAGAAGAAGAAGAGAAGAAGAAGAAGAA